GAACCCCAUCCAUUGACUCUUCAUCCGCCACUCUACGGCCCGUCGAACCCUCAACAUCGCAAAUAUGGUUGCUAUGUACAACAUCAUGGGCCGCCAGGUCGGAUCGCACAUCCUCGCCAUCGCAACCCUCACCGUAACCAUUGGCGGCGCCGUGCUUGCCACCGGCGGCAAGAAGGCCGAGGCCCCGACCUCGCCUCCCAUCAACGCGAAGAGCAAGGACGAGGAGAGCUUUGUAAAGCAAUACAUUGAGAAGGCGGCGGAUAAGGUGCAGGGAAAACAAGCUUGAGAUGGGCACGAGGCAUGGAGGGGGAGAGGGAGAAAAGGACAGUCUGCGCGAUUGAUCAUCGCAUGUGACGUGGAGGAUGAUUUGGGGACGAAGGCGAACUGUAGAUACGACAAAUGUACCAACAGCAUGCAUUGGAACGAAGCAUCCGGAAAG